UCGGGCCGUACGGUUGUUAAGCUAAAUACAAACGGGAACGUAUAUAUUAAAAGAAACUUUAAGAAUAGGGAUAAUAAAUAAGCAACUGCAAUAAUUUAAUUUAAAGCUAUAAUAUAAACGGAAAAUAAAUCUAAACAUAAAUAAAAUUAUAUAAAUAAUAAACCUUUGAAAAGGAAAUGAAAAAAUUAUUGAAAAAUUUUCUCUUCUAACCAUUAAAAGGGCUUUAAAAACUAAAUAAUUGCCUGCGGUUUUUCAGAGUAUAAAUAUUAUUGUGGGCUACAUGCUGGGUUCCUACAUUUAUGUGGGUGUAUAAGUAAAAAAAAACCAAGUUAAAUGAGUGCGUGUAUAUAGUAUGUUCAGGUGUGUGUGUGUGUGUGCCUAAGGAUGAGUGUGUGAACUGUGGCACAACUUGUAUUUGAUGUGUUUUUUGGCUUUUUAAAACAUUUUGACAAAUACAAAUGCAUAAAUUAUGAAUGAAACUACCGUUAAGUGCGUGACAACUUAUAAUUUGUUAUACAAAAACAAAAUCCUACAACCACAAUAAUAACAAUAACAAAUCGAAAUAUAACAAAAACAGCAAUCAAAUUUAAAUGUUUACAACAUUAAACAAAAUACCAAUACAACAACAAUAAUAUAAUUAUAAAAACCAAACUAAAAUAACAAAAUUAAAUAAAAUCCCUUCAAUACAAUAACAAAUUCCCAUAAAUAAAUCUAUUUGGAAAAUUUCCUUAAAAUAAUAUAUAAAAAUAAAUCAUAUUAAAAACAAAGUGUAUUUAUAAAAACAAUAAAUUUUGUUAAACAAAAGAUUAAAUGAAAUAUUUAUAAAGAAAACAAAACAAACACGUGCUGUUUUUCUUAGCGAUGGCACCCCUUUUUUUGUGUAACAAAUUUGCCAUUAAUCAUCAUAAUUCGUUCAUUUAUCUUAAUAAUUUUAACUUGAAAAACCAUUGAUUACAUGAACGUUUAAAACAAUAUAGUGUGUGCGGUUUUAUAAAACUUUAGUUAAACGUUGUUUAUUAUUUUGUUUUGUUUCAAUUGCUCUCAUUUUUUCGCUGGUUUUUGUGUUUAACAACUGAAACCAACUGUUUGGCAUAUUUAUUGUUCUCGGUUUUAGGUGAACGUUUCUGUGUUUCCUAUUUUAACCAACCUUAAUGGCUAAUGGCUUUUGAAGGAUUGCAAAAAUAAAUGAUUAAUUAUGCACAAAUUACUUUGGUGAAAAGUAUUAAAGAAAGGAAAGAGUAACAAAAAAACAUAAAAAACUACAUUUCGAAAAAUAUUGUUUUCUUUUCUGCUAUUUCAUUUUAAAUGCGGUUGAGCGAUAUUAAUAACAAAACUAACAACUAUUUCAACAAAAUUUUAUGAAAACAAAAAAACAACAAUACACAAUUGAAAAAGAAAUAAGCCAGAAGAAAAUCAUAAGAAAUGGCCAACAAUAAGAAAGUUAAAAGAGGCUUUUACCAACUACCAGCAAAAGUACCAGCAAGUGCAAUAGCAGCAACAACAACAAUAAUAAAUGAAAAUAACACUAGACAACGCCAAAAAGCAGCAAAACUCAAAACAAGAAGCCAUUGUAACUUUACUAAUACUAUUUGCAACAUGAAUAACAACAGCAAUAGAAAAACCAACAGCAAUAAAUGUUUGCAAAAAAGCAAAAAAGAUACUGACACAGAUAGUAGAAGUAGCAACUGCAACAAUAGUUGUAGUAGUAGUUUUAGUGUUAGCCCUAGUUGUAGCCAAAGUUUAAGUUUAUUUUAUUUUAGUUGUAACAGUCCAAACAGUAUUAUUACUUUCAUUACAACAACUAUAUGUUGUUGCAUACGCUACGUAUACAAACGCUGUUAUUGGUGGUGGUCUUUGCAACAGCAUCAACAACAAAAACAGUACAAAAUUAAAACCAAAACUUUAUCCAAUUUCUACGCUGCUCCUGCAACAUCUAUAACUCCUACAGCAACUACAAUAACAACGUCACCAUUCUCAUCAUCUUCGUUUAACAACAGGAACUUUUGUUCAUCUUUAAAAUGGCAUUUCUUCUUAUGGCUUUUCCUUUCUAUAUUGG